GCCAGGUGCACGGGCCCGCCCUCGCGCACCCCUGCCGGACCGGUCGCUCGUUUCUAGAAACACCGUGUGGGCCGGGGCCAGGCGUGCGGAGGCGGCCCUGCGGGACGCGGGUACAAGUGGGAGUCGUCUACCUGCUCACCUGGCUCUGGGGAGCUGGGCGGAGCCGAGCGGGGCUCGCGCUUCCUCUUCCUGCUCUGGGCGCGGAGCUCCCGGGCGCGGUGCCGGCGGCGCGGGGCGAGAUGAAUAAUCCUAUACCUUCCGAUUUGAAGUCAGAAGCAAAGAAGGCUGCUAAAAUACUAAGAGAAUUCACAGAAAUAACAUCCGGAAAUGGGCCUGAUAAGAUUAUUCCUGCCCAUGUGAUUGCCAAGGCCAAAGGUCUUGCCAUUCUCUCUGUGGUCAAAGCUGGGUUUCUAGUGACCGCUAGAGGAGGCAGUGGGAUUGUGCUAGCACGGCGACCAGAUGGAACAUGGUCUGCACCCUCAGCCAUCGGGAUAGCUGGGCUCGGCGGAGGAUUUGAAAUAGGAAUAGAGGUCUCAGACCUGGUGAUAAUCCUGAACUAUGACCGGGCAGUGGAAGCUUUUGCAAAGGGCGGGAACCUGACGCUGGGAGGGAACCUCACUGUGGCCGUGGGGCCCCUGGGGAGGAACCUGGAGGGAAACGUCGCUCUGCGGAGUCCAGCGGCCGUCUUCACCUACUGCAAGUCCAGAGGGCUCUUUGCUGGCGUCUCUCUGGAAGGCAGCUGUUUGAUUGAAAGGAAAGAAACCAAUCGAAAAUUCUAUUGCCAGGACAUCCGUGCCUACGACAUCCUGUUUGGAGAGAUGCAGCCACCAGCCCAGGCAGAUGGUCUCUACGAGAUCCUCAACUCCUUCACUGAGAAGUAUGAGAGUGCUGAACAGCGAGCCAAUGCCAGGAGAGCAGCACGGGAGCAGCAGCGGCAGGAGGCCUCGGCUAGAAAUGUACCUCCCAAGCCAGCAAGCAGACCCCAACAACCACCCGUGCCAGGGCAGCUGAGCUCCGACUCCCACAGUAACAUGAACAGACGCAGGCUCUAUCCUGAGCUCCCCAGCUGUCAGGACAAAGCAGGCCAUUUGACUCAACCAGUAGAAGUGACAGCACUGUAUUCCUUUGAAGGACAACAGCCAGGGGAUCUGCACUUCCAAGCUGGAGACAGAAUCACGGUUUUAUCCAAAACAGAUUCCAAUUUUGACUGGUGGGAAGGAAAGCUCCGGGGCCAAACUGGCAUUUUCCCAGCCAACUAUGUCACCAUGAACUGAGUUGGCCGCAUUCUUUUCUGAGAAUCACAAUCGUUUUCCUCACUGACACAUGAUCUAAUCAAGCAGUAUCUGAUGUUAGCUUAAAAGUACUUCGACAUAAUUUUAAUCCAGUAUGUAAUAAUUUUUCUGAAUACUACUAAUGAACUUUUUGCCCAUCUUUAGAUACUUCAUACUAAUUUUAAAAUGCUGUUUAAUAGCUGAUACCCUGUGAUCCAUAUGGGCAUGGUGGUUUGGUGUUCAUUUUUAAAUGCUAAACAUUGGA